AUGUGUUUUUUGUGGAGGACUAUAUAGUUGGUGACAUUUAGACUCCUUCUCACCAGUUUUCUUCCUUCCUUCCUCUUCAAGUCUCUCUUUCACUAUAUAUUUUCAAAUAAUCGAGUAGCUUUCUUAUACAUACACUAAUCUAUAUAGUAAGCAGAUUUAUUUGUACAUGAUCUUCAAUUUCUGUGAUUUUUCGUAACAAAUUAAAUGGAAGGAUUAGCUAUCAGAGCAUCGAGACCGUCCAUUUUCUGCUCUCUACCAGGUGUCGGCGGCGAUCCUCAGCGACGCCCUCCAAGUGACGGCUUCCUCAAUUUUCCGGCGUCAUCCAAUGCGGCGGAUAACACAAAACUAGUCGUGAAUUCUGGUUCUUUUCAUCCAAUCUCCGCCGUCAAUGUGUCUACUCAAGCUUCUCUCACCGCAGAUUUUCUCGCCCUUUCAGAAACGAAUGUGAAAGAGGAGAGAAUCAACGGAGAAAAGAAGGCAGACAACAUCGUAUGGCACGAGAGUUCCAUCUGCCGAUGCGACAGACAACAACUUCUUCAACAAAAGGGUUGUGUCAUUUGGAUCACUGGUCUCAGCGGUUCCGGGAAAAGCACUGUUGCUUGUGCUCUAAGCAAAGCUCUGUUUGAAAGAGGCAAACUCACUUACACGCUUGACGGAGACAAUGUACGCCACGGCCUUAACCGGGAUCUCACUUUCAAAGCUGAGGAUCGUACCGAAAACAUACGAAGGAUAGGUGAAGUGGCAAAGCUGUUUGCUGACGUUGGCGUCAUUUGUAUAGCGAGUUUGAUUUCCCCUUACCGAAGAGACAGAGAUGAGUGCCGGUCGUUGUUACCCGAAGGAGAUUUCGUGGAGGUUUUCAUGGACGUUCCUCUUUCUGUGUGCGAGUCAAGAGAUCCAAAGGGGUUGUAUAAACUCGCUCGUGCCGGUAAAAUCAAAGGCUUUACUGGAAUCGACGACCCUUACGAGGCGCCACUGAAUUGCGAGGUCGUGCUCAAACACACGGGCGACGACUUUUCUUCUUCGCCACGUCAGAUGGCUGAAAACAUCAUCUGUUACUUGCAAAACAAAGGUUACCUUGAGGGUUAAGUCAAGUCCGAAGAUAGCAAAGGCAACAAAUAAAACCCAAAUUUGUCGAAUCUAAUUAAAGUUUUAUAAAAUGUUACAUGAUUGCUUGCUCUAUCUGGUUUACUCAAAAGCCUGAGACCUGACUUCCUCUCGCUUCAAUUCAUCGUACUAUCAUUUGUUUCUCCAA